AUGCCUGCCCCUUCAGGAACAGCCAUCGUUUUGAUUGACCCUUACAACGACUUCCUUCAUUCGGACGGGAAGCUUACCUCGGCGCUCAAAGAUCUUGACGAGAAAAAUACCAUCAAUCAUCUCAAAGAGGUGGUUGCAAAAGCACGUCUCCACGGUGUUCCUAUAUACUAUGGUUUGCAUCAGCAGUGGACACCGGACCACUACAAUGGAUGGCAGCAUAUGACCCCCAGUCAUAUCCGCCAGCAAAAAGUGCACUUGUUCGAGGAGGGAAGUUUCGGCUCUCAGAUCUACGAAGGUCUAGAGCCAGAUCCAAAGAACGGUGAUGUGGUUGUGAGCCGUCACUGGUGCAGCGAUUCGUUUUCGAAUACCGAUCUGGACUAUCAAUUGCGACAACGUGAGAUCAAGAACUUAGUUUUUGCGGGUUUGACUGCCAACACAUGUCUCGAGUCUACUGCACGCCAUGCAUACGAGCUUGGUUACCAGGUGACAAUGCUGAAAGAUGCUACUGCUGGAUGGUCGAAGGAGCUUACAGACGCGGCGACGGGUUUGAUUUGGCCAUUGUUUGCACAGGUUAUGACAGUGAAGGAAUGGGUGAAUGCUCUUGAUUCGAAGGAUUUCUAG